UAUUUUUGGUUAGAUAUCACAAGUUAAUGUAAAAUCAAUUUUGAACAAAUGUUUUGAUGCGAUUUCGAUUAUGACGUUGUGAUGCCUUUUCGGAAAUCAAAACUAUUUUAUUUUUUCUGCUUAUCCUGAAGUGAUUGUGUUGUCUAGCAUAUUUGAUUUUCGAUAAUUUGUGCUCUCUUGUUUAAUAAAUUCAGAUGAUUCCAGUGUGAAGUUCUGGUAAAUGGUUCCGAUGGACAGUUCACAAAAUAUAAAUAAUAAACUUAGUUAACACAAUGAAACAGGGGGAAACCCGUGCCAGCAUGGACGAGGAACUGGAGGAGGACAAUUCUGAAACGCAGACACGAGUCUCGCGAAGCAUGAAGGCAAAACUUCUGGUCCGAAGCCAUGCAAUGCGCGAAGAACAAUCUCCCCCGCGUCCCCCCUCGCCAAGAAACAAUACCCCCCAUCAUGUUAAGUUAUCAUCUCUAUCCCAGCCCUCUCCUGUAAGUCCGUCUAAUCCCGUUGUUGUUUUAAGUCCUUCUAUUAGUAGAGGAAAUUCUCCUUCUAGGUCCCCUUCUAGUGUUAAGUUGAAUGUGUCUCCAAACAAAAAGUGUUCACCCCGAUGCCUUUCUCCCUUAGAAGAUGACCUUCAUCAGAGGAUGAGGAAUGUUAAUCUAGAUAGGGAUACUGAACCACCCAGAAACGAAACUUCUAGUCACAAUGAAAAUCGAAGAAGAUACCGAAACGAUUCAAAUCAGGAUUCUAUGGAUAGUUCCAAAGAAAAAUCAAGCGUCAGCACUAGUGGAAGUUCCAAUAUUCUGAACAUAUUUAGAACGAACAGUAAAACAAAACUCAGACAUCAAGGAUCUUCGCAGGGCAGCUUUGAUGACAGUGGAGAGCAGUAUAAGGACACCACAGGAACAGAUCUCAAUGUUUUCAUUCCAGAAACGUUGAAUCGAAACCCAAAGGAUAGGGCUUUUAUGCUGCGCAUUGAGAAGGAACUAGUCAGCUUAGCAAGAGAUGAAAAAAAAGAGUAUCUCAAAUUUCCUCCAAUGUCGAGUUACCAACGCAUGCUGGUCCACAGAUGCGCCGCCUAUUUUGGUAUGGAUCACAAUAUAGAAGCCUCUGGUAAAUGCGUCGUUGUCAAUAGAACCCGAAACACCAGAAUACCAGAACAUCCAUUUCGGAGUCAUAUAAAGGAUGACAUCAUCUUCAGCGAAGAACCGAGAAGAUCUAUUCUCAAGAGGGAGUCCAACAGCAGCGACGAUUAUAAUUUUAAGAGUCCAGAUAGGGGAUACGGUAUGGAGAACAGACGUAGUAAGAGUUUUGAGGAAAGAGAAGAAGAAUACGAGAAGGUCAGAAAGAGGAUAUUCAAGGGACAGAGAAAAGACAUAAAUUCUCUAGACGACAUAUUGCAUUGGUCAGAAGUCGCACCAUGGUCGAGUACAGACAGUGAAACGUCCACUAGAUAUAAACUUCAACUGCCAGAUUCUCAUUCCAGGAGACAGGGUAAACUGUUAAAGGUUCACUCGGAAGAAGUGAGCGAGACAAUGAGGCCGCACGUGUCAAAAAGUUACAGUUUUGGAGGAUACGGAGGUUCCUUGAGCAGAGGCGAUAGUGUCAUUUCAGGUCAUGGUUCUGGUCCCAGGCUGUUGACUAAACAAGAUUCAGCUGCUAGUUCCGUCAGUUGGAGGUUGAGUCCGUCGAGUUCCGGUUAUAAAUCACAAUCACAAAUGUCAGAAUCGGUGACUCCUUCCCCGACCUCUACCCCGCACAUGCUGAGGGAGUCCAAAAGGCAGGACUCGAUGAACAGCGAAUACUCAAACGAUAAGCACGAUAAUCCAAUCGUUUGGGCUGUAACGGACAUGGAAAGCGUGCCUAAAGGGAGCCUCAUCAUCAACCCUCAGACUGGGCAACCUAUUAAGAACCCAGAUGGAUCUUUGUAUCACUACGAUCCGAACAACAUUCCUUCCGUCAUAGUACCUAGGGCGAAAUCACCGGUGUCUCCCAGAAAGAGUCCACCGACGUCGCCAAGGAGGUUGACGAAACUCUCGCCAGUGUCUUCUCCGAAGAAAAAAUCGUCCAAGUGCUCGCCGAUCAGGAGGUUCAACACCACGAACAGCGCCACGAGUCCAACGUUGCCGUAUACGCCUCCGGUGAACAUGAACAAAUCGUUCUCGUUUCCGCCCUUGCAGGCGGAAACGACGCCUCAGAAUCUGGCGUAUCCGCCAUUCAAUAUAUCGCUGCCACCUCCGCCUAUGGUGGGAGAUCCGGCCCUGUCGUUGUAUAAUCAACCGUAUUUUAUUCCUGGACCUAAUUAUGGAGUUCCUGUGCCGCCCAUGUUCGAUGGAAGAAUACCAGUUGAUACUUCCCAGAUGGUAGAAACAAACUGCAAUUGUUAUAUGGGCAGCAUGGAUAACCCUCUUCAGUUAGGUGGUCAGAUGGUAUUCACGCAACAGCCAACAUUCUGGCCAAAUGGUUCGAAUUAUUUCCAGAAUCAAGGUGGAAACCAACCAAGGUAUCCACCUUUAUCGCAAUCCGCACCAGGUAUAUCCCCUGGUUUCGUAUCAUCACAAACGAACGCCAAUAACGAAAUGGUGUAUUCCAACCAACCGCAAAUGCAGUAUGCUUAUACAGCAUCUCAACCAACAACUGCCAUGUACUCGAAUCAAAAUCCCAUCAUGUUCAACCACAACUCUUUUCCAACAUCCCAGUAUGCGCCACAGACAACUACACCAACAGCACCUUGUUCGAUCUCUUCCCAAAGCAUGUCGGUGGAGCCUCCGCAACAAGUUUUGUUGUUCAACGAUCAACAACGACCAACUAGUCGGACCAAUAAAUGUAUGUCGUACGAUGAAGACAAUAAUGUCGGCAAUCAGGCAGGUGGACAUGGAAGCCGGUCAAGCAAUAUUAGGGGAUUCCUAUUAAAUUCUAGUCAAAAUAGUACAGCUACCAGUUCUCCUGCUACUUCAGUACAAACGAAUUUCAAUUCCCAGAACCAGAGGCUGUGCAGGCAAUUUUCUGAAAACUCUUCUUUCAUGCCGAACAAUUUCAUGAUGAUGAGACCUAUAGCCGUCCGAUGUUCUACUCCAGGCACCACUAGAAGCAGCAGAUCUCCAACCCCAGCCAAUGACAUGUCACAUUUCGGGGCUCAACGAGUAGCCAUUCCACAGUCAGUUAUCCCUGGUAUGCCGGGCAUGAUCCAACAUGAUCCAUCAUUAGCAACUUUGUCUCAACAACCAGUUUUGAGGUUCUUUAGUCCCCUUUACCAACAAGAAACUCUUAGACCACGCAAACCCACAAAAAAUUUUAGACCAACUGGUUUGCCGCCGAGUGGAAGGUAGAGAAUUUUAGUAUAUAUAAAAGGGCACCCACAACCAACGAACUAGAUUCCGGCAUAAGACACCCUUUGUAAUUUUCAACGUCAAAGUCUAAUAGCUACCAAAGCAUUACCUAAUAAUUUAACAUUCAUUACCAGUAAGUAAGAUCAAACAUAUCGAAUUUCAAGGUUUAUUUAUAGAUUUGAUAAAGAGAAUAUGCUGGAAAGAACAAGAGAAAUAUAUAAACUUCUAGUCAAAAUGGAAUUAAGCAUUCAAAAGCGAAUCUGUGUUCAUAAAAAUCAAGUAAUCUUUUAUGUAGAUACCAAAUUAUCAAGACAUUGUGUUCUUCUAUGGAAAAUUUCAAAUUUUCAUGCCAUUCAAUAUAGCGCUGAAUCUUCAGCUUAGCUUGUAUAAAGCAAAAAUCUCUUUUUGCCUUGGUUUGGCUAAGUACUUCGAUAUCCUGAAUAAUUUCGUUUUAUAAUGAAUAAGAUUCAAUCCAUAAUAGAAAUUUAUCAAACAUUAAAAAAAAACUUACAAAAGAACCACUUCAAUUAUGCUUGAACUUCGCAGCUGUAGACUUUUAUUUGUGAUUUGAAAAGGAACAGUAGAAAUGUUGUUUCCCUUAAUAUAAACUAAAUACUGAACUAUCGACUAACUUAUUUCAAAUUUCAUUUUAAUGAAAAAAUGUAGAUAUUUUUUAUUGGGUGUAGAAGAAAAUGUGAAUCACCAUACUAAAAAGACAAUCCAUUAUGUUGUAUGUAGAAAUAAAUGUAAAUAGUUAUAUGUAUGUGGGUCCACAAAAUAAAUUUGUUGAGAAUUUUGAUAUUUUAAAAGUGCAAUUGAAUUCAUGUUAUUGAUAUUGAAAGAAAUGAUUUUCAUUCGAUUAUUCAGCAAUUUCGUAUGAAAAAUAGAUGCUCAUCUAGUUUUUAUGUGCCAUUUAAUUUCUAUGGAAAAAAAAUUAUAUUGCUCUUGAACUUUAUCCAAAAUAAAAAUGAGUGUUCAUCUUCAAUGAUCUCUGAGGUCAAAAGUAAAUAAUGAAAAUGUAAUUGUAAAAUAUUUAUAUUCCAUUCCAUUUUCCUAAUCUGAGCAAUUUUCAUUAUUCCAUCCAUUGAAUUGUAGUACUUAACAUUAUUUUAUCGAAAAUGCUGUAUGGGAGAUGUGAAAAGCAAUUAGAAUCUUGUUUUGAUACAUGUACUGGGUGUUGGAAAAGGUAUUUCUAUGAAGGUUUGGAUAUAAGAAGAACUUCAUCAAAUUUUCCGAAUAAUUGCAAACUUUGAAAGUCUCAGUGAAUAAUUUGUUUGAAAUUUUCAAUUGUUUGUUUUAAACGAGACAAAAACAGAAGUAUAGACCUGCACCUAGCAUUUUCAUAAAUUAUCAUUUGAUAGGCUUGAAAAAUAAAUGUUAAAAAUUGAUUAGAGAUCAACUAGAUUAGACUGAUUUUGUAGAAUGUUAGAAUAUUAACGAAAUUUCUUCUUUAUAUUGUACUGUUUCAGAAUGUUAUGUUCUACUGUGCCUCCAACACCUAAUAAUAAAAAAUUUCGUACCAAA